GUAAUAUUCAUCGCUUCGAUCCAUUGGUAAAUCCCUAUCUGACAAACAAAAUCCUCAAAGCGUUUACGGAAUCCUUUAAAAAAAAAAUGAGUAAUGAGCAAGAAUAUUCGAAUUCUUCUACUAUCGGGUCUGGAAUCAUGAUGGAUCGCAAAUCUGUCCUUAUCAGCGGAUGUUCCCCAGGUGGAAUUGGACAUUCGCUAGCGCUCGAAUUCCAUAAAAAUGGACUCCGUGUAUUCGCAACGGCGAGGAACAGAGAGACGCUCACGGAUCUAGAAGCUAAAGGAAUUGAAACGCUGAGUCUGGUCGUGGAUGAUGAGGAGAGCGUCAAGGCGUGUUUCGAGGAAGUUGAGAAGAGAGUGGGUGAGAAGGGAUUGGAUUAUUUGGUUAAUAAUGCGGGCCGAAAUUAUACUGUACCUGCGGUAGAGGCCCAGCUGUCUGAAGCGCGGCAGACGUUCGAGACGAAUUUCUUCUCGAUGAUCCUCAUGUGUCAGACUUUUCUCCCGCUGCUUAUCAAGGCCAAGGGGACUAUUGUCCAGAUUGGAUCCGUCGCUGGAAUUAUUCCCUACGUUUUUGGCUCCGUCUACAACGCAUCCAAGGCCGCUUUGCACUCUUGGAGUGAUGCCUUGCGUGUCGAAUUAGCUCCAGUCGGCGUCAAGGUGACCACGGUCAUCACAGGAGGCGUUCAGUCCCGUAUUGCGCGCACGAAGCGCACCCUCGUUCCGAACUCGUUGUAUGCGGCCGUUGAAACCGAGUACCAGCGGCGACUGGUUCACAGCCAAGAGAAUGCAAUGCCAAACGCAGCCUAUGCGCGUAGCGUUGUGAACCAGAUCCUUUACGGCUCAGCUCCCUGGAGAUGGCUUUGGCCGUGGGCGCGGGGUAGUAAGACGUGGAUCUGGGAAGGGAAUAGAGCCUGGCUUAUCUGGCUUGUGUCUGGAGGCUGGGCCUGGUGGGGACUGUUUGAUCGGAUCAUGACGAGGAUGUUCGGACUGCACAAGGUGCGGAGAGAGCAAGGACGCAAAACCGAUUGAUGCAGAGGAUGACAGGAGGGUAAAUGUAUGUACCAUAUGAUCAUAUGAUGGCAGUGGUUAGCUCCUGUUUAUUAUUUUUGAUAUCCAUAAUUGUGUUCCAGGGACGUUGAAUCUAGCGAUCGACAAGCUUCCGGGGUUGCCGACUGGGGCCCAUCUAUAUGUUGGUUGACGGCGGUUGUUAUUGUCAGUUGCAUUUCAUUGACAUUGGUUGAGGCAGUGAUUGCCAGUGUAGUAGUAGGUAAAUAUUGCCAUUGGUUAUUCACGUCAAAAGAUAUAAAACCCUGAAGCUGUGAGCAUUUGCUUGAGGUCCGUAUACAGUUGAGGAGCUGCUCUAUAUACGGUUAUGU